UGCUCUUCUUCUUCUCCCCGUUGCAGCCACCCGAAAGAAGAAAGAAAAAAAGGGGAACCCAGCCAUACUUUGAGAAACCGGUGAGAAAGCUUGUAUUUCUCCUUAUUUUCUUGCUCUAAAACACAUGUAGAACCCAUAAAUUCUCCCCCCCGGCUAGAAAAUCCGGAUCUGCUUUGCUCUGUCCGCCGGCUGCUCUUGUUGUGGGGGCAAAAUUCUUCAAAUUCCGAUUUCCCGUGAGCUUCCCCUGCACUGCCGCCGGCUUCUCCCCCUGCCAAGUCCGGUUUUGCAGCUGAAAUUAUGGUUCGUGAUCGUUCUGUCAGUUUAGCACUGAGAUCGAGUCUUCGGUUUUAUGCGAGUGAGGUUCAUAAUCAAAAAAGGAAAUUUUGCGAAGAGGAUUGGAAGAAGGGGGUGAAAGAAAUUAAAACAAGGGACUCAAUUGAAAAGAUCAAAAGUUUGGGGUGAAACCCUUGAAACUAUAAAUCUAGCCCAUUAAAACCAAAAACCAAUGUUUUUGCACCCGGCCCGGUGGUUGACCCGUUUUGACCACCGGGUCUGGUUUAACCGGUUGAAUCGGUUCACUCGACCGGUCCAACCGGUCAACCUAAAAACACACUUUUUUCAAUUUUUGACGAUAUGUUCGAUGAGCUGUUGCAGAUUCUGACUUCUGCUGCUGCUUCUGCUCAGUGGAGGCAGGAAAAGAAGAGGAGCGGUGGAGGAGAUGAGGCAGAUGAGGACGCCAUGAUCGACGGAGGAGAUGAGGAGGAGGUGCUCGGCGGAGGAGAUGAGGCAAAUGAAGAUGCCGUGAUUGACGGAGGAGAUGAGGAGGAGGAGGUGCUCGACGGAGGAGAUGAGGUAGAUGAGGAUGAUCUGUUGAUUUUGUUUUGUUUUUCUGUGUUGCUCAGUAGAGGAGAUGAGUGAUGAGGACGAUCGGCUGGACGCUGAGUUGUGUUGCCGCCGACGGAGGUGGCUGAGAUCUGGAGCUCGUCGAUGGUUCCUUCUUUUUCUCACUCCUUUCUUUUGUUCUGGGUUUUACAAUUUGCAGAGAGUUUUCUUUAUUUCUCCAUGUCUAGAUGAGGCUGUGACUGCUGGUGAGAUCUUGACGGAAGUGGAGCAGGGAGAUCAGGCCGCUCUGUCGGAGGUGAUGAGGUGGUGACUGCUGUGGUGAGAUGCCGAUGAACUCACGGGAGAUGGAGCAGGGAUGAGGCAG